UUAUUUUUGUUUCUAUACAGCCGUUGGGCUUUUCUAUUCCUCUAGUUUUAUUAUUCUAUUAUUGCUAAAAAUGGCGGCGUUUUGCGCCUUCUCUUCCCUCUCCACUCCUCCCUCUUCCCUCACCGGAGCUUCCUUCUUUUCUCGACUCAACCCAAGUUCGCACCACCGGACCGUGAAGUUUAGGCUCAACUGCAGCUAUGCAGAAGCAGGUGUAAGAGACGAUUCGGGGUCCGCGACAAUCGAUGUUGUGGCUGACGUUAAGAGUGAACGAGUUGUAGUCUUAGGAGGCAGCGGUUUCGUUGGCUCUGCAAUAUGUAAGGCUGCAGUAUCCAAAGGCAUUGAGGUCAUUAGCCUAAGCAGGUCAGGUCGUCCUACAUACCCUGGUUCAUGGGUAGAUCAGGUCACUUGGCUACCAGGAGAUGUAUUCUAUGCAAACUGGGAUGAAGUACUUGUUGGUGCCACUGCAGUGGUUUCCACUCUUGGAGGUUUUGGUAGUGAGGAACAGAUGCAAAGGAUUAAUGGUGAAGCAAAUGUUGUGGCUGUGAAUGCUGCAAAGGAUUAUGGGAUUCCGAAGUUUGUCUUGAUAUCUGUGCAUGAUUACAAUCUGCCUUCAUUUUUGCUUUCAUCCGGAUAUUUUACAGGAAAGAGGAAAGCAGAAUCUGAGGUUCUUUCAAAAUAUCCACGCUCCGGUGUUGUACUAAGGCCUGGCUUCAUAUAUGGAAAGAGAAGGGUGGAUGGAUAUGAGAUUCCUCUCGAUGUGAUUGGGGAACCACUGGAGAGAUUUCUUCGAGCUGUUGAAAACUUCACCAAACCAUUGAGUUCUCUUCCAGCUUCUGAUCUGAUUCUCGCUCCUCCUGUUAGUGUCGAUGAUGUCGCAUUAGCCGUAAUCAAUGCAUUAACGGAUGAUGACUUCUUUGGCAUUUUCACUAUUGAACAAAUCAAGGAAGCUGCAACUAAAGUGAGAGUGUAAACUAGCUUGGUUAUAAGCUGUUUCAUGGUGGUACUGAACCGUCGUAAAGUUCUUCAGAACUGCUUAUACAACUAUCCUGUUGCAGACCAUUAGUUGCUAAUCUCAUUUUCAAAUAUACAGAUAUCAUAUGAUUGAUGAAUAUCAUUAUAAGCUGCUCUUGUGACA